CAGGAACCUCUCUCCUCCGUACAGGCUACUGAGUCUCCUCAGCGGACAGACGCGGCUCCGGAAACGCGACACUGGCACAGCUAUGUUGUGUGUCCUCGUCCUUCUGUCCCUGACCUCCCUGGUGGCCCUGGUGCCUCCUCCGAGCGCUCCUCCUGUCCCCUGCAGACACUGCUGUGAUCACGUGGAGCAACCAGAGGGCAGCGGAGCCCAGCCUGCCACAGAAGGGUUCAUUCUUGUACCAGAGGUCCGCACCUACAUCAACAUGACCAUCCUCAAAGGUGAAAAAGGAGAUCGUGGCGACAGAGGAACUCCAGGUAAAGCUGGACAGGAAGGCCCUCCAGGUUCCAGAGGUGCAAUGGGCUCAAAAGGUGACAAGGGCCAGGCAGGUCUUCCAGGAGACCCCUGCAAAGUCCAGUACUCUGCCUUCUCCGUCGGCCGUCGCAAAUCCCUCCACAGCAUGGAGUCCUACCAGGCGCUUGUGUUUGACACAGUCUUCGUCAACAAGGAAGGCCACUUCGACAUGUUCACGGGGAAAUUCCUCUGCCACAUCCCGGGGAUCUACUUCUUCAAUGUCAACAUUCACACGUGGAACUUCAAAGAGACGUACCUACACAUCAUGCAGAACGACACAGAGCAGGUCAUCGUGUACGCCCAGCCCAGCGACCGCUCCAUCAUGCAGAGUCAGAGCCUGAUGCUAGAGCUGGAGCUGAGCGAUGAGGUUUGGGUCCGCCUGUACAAGAGGGAGAGGGAAAACGCUAUUUACAGUGAUGAUGUAGAUGUCUAUAUCACUUUCAAUGGGUACCUCAUCAAAGCUAGCGUUGAGUGAAAAUGAGUCAGAGAGGGAAGGCAAGGCUGAAGAUAGCUGAGCCCAGCUGUAUGGAUUUUUUUAAAUAUUUACAACAGUUUCAUUGUCUUUAUAGGCUACUGCAUAGACCUACAUGCCACAACAACUAAAAGGUUCAGCAUGGUGUCAUUAAAUGAAUAGUUCUACAUUUUGGAAAACAUUCUAAUUAGAUUUCUUCUAUUUACGCGCCUGAUCAUCAGAUAUAACUUGACAUUUUUACACUUUGGUUUUGGACUAAUCAAAUAAACAAGAUAUAACAUGUUCAUUAAUAAGACAUAGAGGUGCUGUUUGUCGGAUUUUGUAACCUUCAAGCAGAGCCGGGCUUGCUCUUUCCUCCGGUUUUCAGUCUUUAUGCUUUAGAUAAGCUAAAAAGCUGCAAGCUGUAAAGUCGUAUUUGCUGGCAUGAGAGUGGUAUCAAUCUUCUCAUCUUACUGUCAACAAAGCAGCGAAUAAGUAUAUUUCCCAAAACAAGAUCUGCUCUCUUUGUCAGUCCCUAAUGUGUAAAUCUGGAUGGAUUUAAGAUUAUAAUAUUUUUUACAGAUUAAGCUCACAGAGUAAUAAGAAUAAUGAUUUUAAAACAAAAAAGACAACAUUUGUAAUGUCUUUACUUUUAGCGACAGAAAAUGAGAACAGAAAGUUGUCCGAUAUUUAGUAUUCUCACAGUAAUGAAGAAAUUAAGCAAUGGUUUAUGCAGUAGGACAUGCUAAGAGAAAGUACACUUGAGUUAACAGAAUCAUUGUAAUAUGGACUGUUAUUGAGUUUUGUAUGUGGUGCUAAAACACGGUGCUAAAUGAACUUUUUUUGUUUGUGAAAUUGCAGGAAGCAUAAGAUUUAGCGCCUCAGAUUGACAUUGAUAUUUUAUUGACUGAAUUGUAUUUUAAUUUUCAAUUAUACUUGAAAAACUUUUCCAGAAGGUGCUGAUUAUCCUCCUGUCAUGUAACUAUAAAGUGAAGUGACAGAAAACUGUGCAUUGUACAUAAACUGAAGAUCCAAAUGCAACCUAAAGCAGUUAUAGGUUAUUUGAUAAGUCAAAUUAAUACAGAUAUUAUCAACAUUACUUGACAUGACUAUAAAUGCCAGUAUUGACAAGUAUUAGUAUGAUAUUAUCGUUACCUUAAGGUGAUGUGUUGCUGUUGUGUAGUUUCUCACUGUGACCAAUGGAGGGCAGUAAAAACUUAAUUCACGUAAUUCAGCUCCAGCAGGGUAAAGGCAGAAACCAAAAAAAUAACCAUUUAUUACAAUUUUAUAAUACUCUUAUUGGUAGCAGUCACACAAAGUGUACUUUGUAUAUGGAUUUACUAAAAUUGAUUAGCUAAACUGACAUUAUUAUUGUGUUUUAGCCACAAGUGUAGUUCCUUACCAUGACCACUGAAGGGCGGUGUACAACCAUGAUUUCAAAUGCUAUCAUGUCAAUUUGCACACAUCCGGUCAAAACCUUAAAAAUAAAACAACCAAAACAAA